AUGGUCGCAUUCACGAGUUCGUCUACAGUUAAUAAGUCAGGGAAAAAGUUUGCUCCAAAGGCGCCUCCUCGCCGCCCUGCCCCAAUACCGAAAAAUGUAGUCGACGCAAGCCAAACUAGCGUUGACAAUCGCAAGCCAUCUACUACACCAGCGCCUACAACAAAUGCCCCACCUGCUCCCUCCGCUCCGGAUACGCGACCAUCUGCCGUGAAUGCUCAACAAGAACAACAACGCACAGAAGAAUCCAGUAUCGCAGAUGCUGAUCAUAAUAUCGCGGUUGCGCCUGGUUUAGCCCCUUCGGUUCUAUCUACCACCACCCCUACAGAUCGUGAACAUCAAGAUGUGUCUGGCGUACCCGACAAAUCGCUCUCGACGGUGCAGCCUGCGCCCGAAGUAAGCCAUGCCACUGCUCACCCGGAACCAACUGAGCUGCCGCAUGCAUUGGAUAAACUGGGGGAAAGUAGUUUACCGUCAGGAAAUAAUACCGUACAGACUACUACUACUACAACAACAACACAAGCGAAUCAAUCUACGAUACCUAGUGGCGUAUCUGAAACAGUUACUCAUGAAACAUCGGCCUUUGAACAUCCUCCUUCUAGGCCAAUUCAAAAUCCAACGGCCACCACCAUUCAUACCACAAAUGAUGUGAAUCAAACGGGUGUUCUUAUUGGAUCGAAUACAAACGAAAGCAGGGCAACAGUUAGUACAGGGAACAACUCGGUGGAAAGUACCUCGGCGCAGUUUAAAAAACCACCUCUACCGAAAAAGAAGCGACGUAGAAAUACAGCGGCAGAUAGCACUACGGAUGAGGAAGGGACAAAGACAAGAAAGCCUCGGGGAAAAAGAAAGCGCGAGCCAACACCCGAAGAAUCAGAAAAUAUAGAAAUAGCGCCGGCAGUUGUGCGGAUGUCCGAGCUUUGCAAAGAUCUCAGAACGGGCAAGAAGUCAAAGCGCGAGGUAGAGUUACGAAACCUUGAAUUAGCAGAGGCAGAGCGCAAAGAGAAAGCCAAGGAAAAAGGCCGCAACUCAAGCACACCAGUCAAAGCAGAUGUGGAAAAUUUUAAUGGUGAAACCUCUUCAAUGCCUUCGACGUCGCAGACUGGCCCACGCAUGAGAAUUGUCAAUGGUGAAAUUGUCAUCGACAAUGCGUCCCUGCAACUGGACCAGCGCGCUGAAGCGGCUCGGGAGAUUGGUGAAAUGGAAAAUAUUGUGGAGAGUCGACUCAAUAGAAAAAUAAACCAGGCUACAUACGGCAAACGGACCAAGGCCGAAUCAUGGGAUGAGGAUUUAACCGACUUGUUUUAUAGAGGUCUACGCAUGUUUGGCACAGACUUUUCUCUUAUAAGCAAUAUGUUUCCAGGACGAUCUCGCCGCCAGAUCAAGUUGAAAUUCAAUAACGAGGAGCGUCGAGACCCUGAGCGAAUAAAACAGACACUUUUGGGACCGCGCGAGUCUGUUGACAUUAAAACGUACUCGGAAUUGACGAACACGGUUUAUGAUGAUCUUGAGGUCAUACAAAAAGAACUGGAAGAUGACAAACGACGCAUUGAGGAGCAGCACGCCAAGGAGAGACUUGCACACGAUGAGCAAAUGCGCAAUCCAGGCGGUGCUUCCAAUAACACAAAUGUCAUACAAAGUGUCGAGAAUGUUCCCUUCAAAAAACGAAAUUCUUUUGCGAAGAGCCACUAA